UACUCCAACUUCAACUGCUGCUACUAUAACCUGUAAUCCAUACCGCCAAUCCAACUUUUCAGUUUUCUCUCAAAUAACAGAAAAUUUCACAACCAAUACCCAAAACCCUAAUAAUUUCCCUCCUUCAUUGUUGUUUCCUUCCAUUGUUAGAUCUGUGAUUUCUGAACUAUUAUACUCGUAGUCGCGCUCACGAAUUGGAGUUUUGGAUUGAACAAUUGACGCAGUUACCAGAUCUGUCGGAGUUUCAUUUUCGGAUGAGUGAUUGGAUUUCAAUUCCAUUUCCCGUUUUAUUGGAUUGAAAGGUCUGUUUACAUGCGUAUAUUGCUUUAAACUCAGUUCACAAUUUGCAAUUUCGGCGAUUCCAUGGAUUGAGCGGGUUUUUCCGGUGCUUUCGGGGUGUAUGAAUUUUCACGGGACGUUGCAUUACGUAAUGAAUGGGUUUUUGUGGAUGGGGGAGGUGGGAGUGGAACUUGGGUGGUUGUUAUUUCGUUAAUGCGAUGGAAAUGAACGGUGGAUUGAGGAUUAAUUCAGAGAGCGGGCAACAUUCGAUAGGGUAUGGUGCGGGAGGCGAGUGGAUGGUGCAGGAAGAAACGAGGAAAUCAUUCAAUGAUAUUGAGAUGACGCCUUGUGUGGCAACUGAGUUUAUGGAUGGUGAAAGUGAGUCUGUCUUUUAUGACGUGAAGGUAACUGAAGAGGUGUUCGAUGAGACUGAAUUGAUGUGUUCUGUUGACGUCUUGUCAAGUAACAGUGAAUUAGUUUAUGAAAGCCACGUGAAGAAUGGUGCUAAAUCGAAAUCAUGCUCUGAAAUUCAGCUCAGAGGACCUGUGGAUUAUUCUGCGUCGGAACCUUGUACAAGGGCUCGUGCAAAUGAUGUUUUUAGUAGUGCAGAGCUAAAACCCUCUGUGGAAGAUCAUGAAACUGAAAUAUUCAUGAAUGACAUGGCAAAGGAAGCACAGAACGGUGGAGAUACAGAACCGAAGGGAGUACUGAAUGAUAGUGAGAUGGAUCUGCGUGCGGAGAAUCAUGCACUGGAACAGUUAGAUGAUGGUAAGGUUGAGCUGUAUUCUAAUAGUGACGAGGUGAAAGAAGCACAAAAUUAUUCUGGUUUGGAGACGUGUCACAAAAAUCAAGUUAAAGAGCCAACCAAUGAUGAUUUGCAUUCUGAAGUUUCAAACCCAAAUCUGUCCCCGAAACAGGUUACCUCAAGCUUCACCAUUAGCAGUCAACCUCUUGAUGUGCUUAGUGGUGAACGUGGUGGUUGUGGAGAGAUUACAUCAGCUUGUUCCUGGAAUUGCUUCGCUGAUGGAAACUUUCGUGAAGAAGAACACAGUAAGUGCAAACAGGAAUCACUUUCUACAGCUCGUGUGGUUCUUGAAAUUCCAAAGCAUGUUAGACCCACUGGUAUUCGAAAGAUUACAUUUAAAUUCAGUAAACGGAAAGACGAAUGUGAUUCAGACCUAUCCAUUAAGCCCUUGGUUGAUGACAAAUUUAACGAGGACCUUUAUGAUAAUGAAAUAUCUGUGGCUGCUGCUGAUGGUUUAUCUAUCCAUGGCUUUCGCAAUGAUGACUGGAUUGCUUUGGAGAACUCAAAAGUGAAAUUAAGCAUGGUUGACGGAGAGUGUCUUGACCCAAGAAGUCCUUCCUCUUGUGCUCCCAACAUGGAACUGAGGAUGUCUAAGAAAAUAAUUCCAGAUAAUUACCCUUCAAAUGUUAAGAAGCUUUUGUGCACUGGAAUACUGGAAGGAGCUAGAGUUAAGUAUAUUUCUAUGUCUGGCGAGAAGGAGCUUCCCGGAAUUAUAAGAAGUGGUGGGUACUUGUGUGGCUGUUGCAUCUGCAACUUCUCCAAAGUGGUUAGUGCAUACGAGUUUGAACUUCACUCUGGUAGCAAGACAAGACAUCCAAAUAAUCACAUAUAUUUGGAGAAUGGGAAGCCAAUUUAUAGCAUAAUUGAAGAACUCAAAACUGCUCCUCUCAGCGCAGUGGAUACAGUGAUAAAAGCUGUUGUAGGUUCUUCUUUAAAUGAGGAUUACUAUCAGCUCUGGAAAGCAAGUCUUGAACAUAAACAUGAUGUAGCCUAUGGAGACAGUGUACACCACUAUUUUGGCAUGUCGCACUCCACCACCAGGUACGUCUCUGUGAGACACUCUACUGAAGACGGCACUUGUCCUAAUGCAUAUCUUUAUUCUCAUGUAACACCCUUUAAUCGGCAAGGCUAUGCCGAGGCACAAGUUGAGCAGAAGCGUCCAAUCAAGAAGCCAAGACACAACCAUUCUAGCUCUUUUUGGGAGCAUAAGAAGACCACAGAAGGUGGAAACAAAAAAAGGGACAAUGAUUUGCACAAAUUACUUUUUAUGCCGAAUGGACUGCCAGAUGGGACCAGUUUGGCUUAUUACUCUAAAGGAAAGAGGAUUCUUGGGGGUUACAAGCAGGGAAAUGGCAUAGUCUGUAGUUGUUGUAACUUUGAGAUCAGUCCCUCCCAAUUCGAGGCUCACGCUGGAUGGGCAGCUAAACGUCAACCCUAUCGUAAUAUCUAUACAUCCUCUGGAUUAACACUUCAUGACAUCGCCUUGAUGCUGGCGAAUGGCCAAAGUCUUCCAUCUAGUGGAAGUGAUGAUAUGUGUGCAGUAUGCGGAGAUGGAGGUGAACUUAUUAUAUGCAAUGGAUGCCCUCGAGCUUUUCAUGCUGCUUGUUUAGGUUUACAGUGUCUCCCCGCAAAUGAUUGGUAUUGUCCGCAUUGCAAGGAUAGACUUGGUCCUGGUAGAAAAGCAUCUGGAGAGUCGAGACCAAUUAUCCUUAGACUAAAGAGAGUGGUAAAGGCACCAGAAUUCGAGCCCGGUGGCUGUGUGAUCUGCAGGUCACAGGACUUCAGUGCUGCGAAGUUUGAUGACCGAACAGUGAUAAUAUGUGAUCAAUGUGAGAAGGAAUAUCAUGUUGGUUGUUUACGUGAGUCCGAGAUGUGUGAUCUGAAAGAACUUCCUGAGGAUAAAUGGUUUUGUUGCGAUGACUGCUAUAAGAUUUUCGAAGCACUACAGAGUUUGGCUUCUGGUGAACCUGAGAUAAUUCCAGCUUCAGUGUCAUCUGCAGUAUGUGAGAAGCAUGCAACAAUUGGUUUGAAUGAUAGGUAUAUGAAUGAGAUCCAAUGGUGCAUUCUGAGUGGAAAAAGUCGAGCUCCAGGGCAUCUAAUGUUGCUCUCUCGAGCAGCAGCAAUUUUUCGCGAAUGCUUUGACCCCAUCGUUGCAAAAUCUGGUCGGGAUCUUAUCCCAGUUAUGGUGUAUGGAAGGAACAUAUCUGGGCAAGAGUUUAGUGGAAUGUAUUGUGUGGUUUUAAUUGUGAACUCCAUUGUUGUAUCAGCUGCUCUCCUCAGGAUAUUUGGAAAAGAUGUUGCUGAACUUCCGUUGGUAGCUACUGAUAGAGAAAAUCAAGGAAAAGGCUAUUUUCAAGCGUUGUUUUCAUGCAUUGAGAGAUUCCUAUCAUCCAUGAGUGUGAGACACCUGGUACUCCCUGCGGCUGAGGAAGCUGAACCUAUGUGGACAAAUAAGCUAGGCUUCAGGAAGACGAGCCAUGAGAAAAUGCUUAAGUACACGAGAGACUUUCAGCUAACAAUUUUCAAGGGAACAUCCUUGUUGGAAAAGGAAGUACAACCAUAGUGGACAAUUUCGAGAGAUGUGUGGAGUGCAGCUGCGGCAACUAGCUCGGGGGUGCCUUUGUUGAUACGACUGAGGCUCACAUCCCACGAUUGAUGAUAUCUGGAUGCGCCGCAGUCAACCUUUUCGUGUAAAAGCACGAUUCUGCCAUAUGCAUGGGGGUAAUCAUCAGAUGAAUGGAUGGAGCACUCCACCUAUAUACAGAGAUAAGGUUUGGACAAAUGAGGGAACUUUCAUAAUAUAGCAUUGUGGUGAGAUUUUUAAGGAGUUGGAUUUUUAGUUUCAGCAUGAUAUGUGAGGCUACAUCCUGCUGCCAUAGAGAUGCAGUAGUGAAAAUGUCGCAUGCAAAAAUAUCCAAGCAUGCUACCCUUUUUAAUACGCAUGCAGGAUGAGCUGAGCUGAUACCCUUUUUUUCUUUUUCUCAGUUUUUAUUUUAUGAAGUUAGGGAGAUAGUGGUUUGUUUUCGAGGUCCAAAUAUUUUGUUUCAUUUGAUUUGUACAUUUUGACUGAUGAAAGCUAUACUUGAGUUGGAUUAUAGUGAUGCAAUGUACAGUUUCAUACGUCACGCUUUUGUGGCUUGUAACAAAGUUGGAGUUUUAUGUGUA